AUGACUCAAGAGAGCGACGACGACGCCCGGUUCUGGGACAAGACCGCCCCGUCAUACUCCAAGUCCGCCGUGUCGGACGAAGCCGGCUACCAGCGGACCCUCGACCGCACCGCCAGCCUGCUCCGGCCCGCGCAUCGCGUACUGGAGCUCGGGUGCGGGACGGGCUCGACGGCCCUGCGCCUGGCCGACCGCGUGGGCGAGUAUCUGGCCACCGACAUCUCCCCACAGAUGAUUCGCAUCGCCACCGACAAGAAACCCCUCCCCACCAACCUAGAGUUCCACACCGCAACCAUAGCGUCUCUCCUCACCGCCGCCAGGCCCGAACCCGACGCCGCCACCGCCAGCCCAACAACGAGGUCGUCCUUUGACGUCGUGCUGGGGUUCAACUACCUGCACCUGGUGCGCGACCUCCCCGGCACGCUCAAGGGCAUCCGCGCGCUUCUCCGCGCCGACGACCAUAACGGCGGCGGGCUGCUCAUCACCAAGACGCCAUGCGUCGGCGAGAUGAAUCCGCUCCUGAGGCUCGCGCUGCCGGUCAUGCGCGCCGUGGGCAGGGCCCCGUACGCGGCCGUCUUUACUGCCGUGGAGCUGAGCGCGCAGCUGGAGGCGGCGGGAUUUGAGGUGCUGGAGACGGAGACACACGCGUCGGGGGGUAGGGACGACCAUCGGCCGUUUAUCGUGGCGCGCAAGAAGAGGGCGUGA